AUGUUUUUCACUAAUAGUGAUUUACAAUUAUUGAAUUUUUUGAAUUUCGAAAAGCCAAAUUAUACUACUGUAACUACAACAACACUUUCCUUCUCUAAUGGACAUGUACUUCCUCGCACUGCUUUAGAAUUUCCCUCCAACGAUCAAAUCUUUGUUCAGUUGAGAAAUUUGAUGUUUGAUAAUAGUUUACCUUCAUCUUCUUCAUCUUCCACUUUCAUAGCCAAAAUUAUCAAACUAGAUCCAAUAAACUUAAACAAAUCGUUUAUUAAAAAUAUUGAUAAUACAACAACCACUUUAGAUCAGCAAAUAGUAGAAUUUACUUGGUUAUUAGAGGAUUCUAUAUCUAUGACCAAUUUAAAUCAACAUUUCAAUUUGAAUUCUAUUUCAAAUUGGCUUUUAAAUUUAAAAGAUUUGACACAUACAAAUUGGGAUUCCUCGACUAUAAUCAAUAAUUUGAUCAAGAAUUCUAUUGCAAGUUGUUUAAAAGAUAUUUAUAGGAAAAAUAAUCUUUUAGAAUUAUCGAAUAUGUGGGAUAGAUAUGUCAGAUUACCUACUAUUAAAUAUCUAUUCAAUUUCAUCAAUUCUAAUUUGGUACUGUCAGAUUCUUGCUCCGAAACACCGUUAAAAUUAACAUUAAUCAUCAUUAUAAUUUUAAAACAAUUGAGAUUCUCUCUGAAUCUCAUAGAUUCAAACUUACUACCUUACAUUCUAAAACUGAAAAAAAUUCAUUACUUAAAUACGAUUCUAUCUACUUUGAUUCAUAAGCUUUCCAUUAAUGAUUCAAAAUUUGUUAGAAAUAUGAAUCAAUUAAUAGAAUUCUUUAUCUUCAAGAUUCAAUUAAGUCUUUUCUUUCUUUCAGAAGAUUAUAACUCAAUUGAUAUAUUACCAUCAAUGACAAUUCAACAAAAGAACACUUUAUUUAAUCAUUUAGACUAUUUCACAGUAAACUUAAUAACACAAAUUCAUACAUUACAAUCUCAAUUCCGCAUUAAAAAUUUAUUUGGAUUAAAUCUAUUAUUUAUUAAAUUAUUUCCAAAUUAUUUCUUCCAUUCCAUUCAAGAUUCAAAUUUAAAUUUAACUGAGUUUAAAAAACAAUUGAAUUUAAUUGGAUUAAAAUUAUCUGCUAAUUUGAUGGAAAUUACUCCAAAUUUACCACACAAUCCUACAAAAGAUGCAUUAGAACAAUCUCAGUAUGAUCAAUUCCGUCAUUUAGUCUUAAAAUUAUUCAUUAACUUCUUUUUCCUGGAUAAUAAAUCAGAUUCCACAAAUUAUUUAACUAAUCUAGACUCUGUUUAUUAUCAAUUCUUAGAUUCCAACAAAUAUUUUAGAAAUAAAUGCAUUUUUCAAUUAUAUUUCAUUUCCAUCAUUUCUCUUUUCAAUAAUAAUAUGUUGAUUUUUGAUAAAUUCUUUUAUCUUUUGAAAUCAACUAUAAAGGAUAAUUCAUUUAUAACUUAUAAUUUUAUUAAAAGACUUGAAUUACUAAGAAAAUUAUCGAAAAAUGAAUUAGAUCUAGAUUCAGAUUCAAAAUUAAACGAAUAUUUUGCACAAUUCAAUGAUCUAAAUAUCAUUCUUUACUAG